AUGGCGAACACCGCACAAUGCUACUAUUGCUUUGAGUCUCUGCUCGCUUCAUUCGAGGAUCGCGAGCCCCCCACUCUGGCAGCCGUCGAGGCCCUAUGGGAACAGCACGAGCAAACUAAGAAGUUGUCGAGUCUUGAAGAGCAACUCGAAGUGGAAGAUACAGACCACCAGCAGUCCGUGAAUGAACCGGACGAAGAUGACGAUAGCAACCAAUCGACCCAGUCAAGUAGUCAGCCCAAGAAGCUGCAACUGCCCAGAAUCAGCCGUCUUCAAAGCCAAUUCUCCGCCUCUUCCAGCGCAGCCACAUCUUCGUCAUCCGCAUCCAAUACUUCAUCCAACUCGCUACAGUCAAGCUCAACCAAUAUCACCACGCCAAGUGCGGUUUCCGAAACCCCUCAGCUGAGAUCGUCUGAUCAGCGAUAUCCCUUGUUCGUAACAUGGAAUACCCUGUCACGAAGUGGACACAAGUCUCUACGCGGGUGUAUAGGCACAUUCGAGGGGCAGGAACUUGCAGCGGGGUUAAAGUCCUACGCUUUGACCUCGGCUUUCGAUGACACCCGUUUUGAGCCCAUUCCCAAAUCCCUUCUCCCCUCCCUAUCAUGCUCCCUCACCCUCCUUGGGUCUUUCGAGCCGUGUACAAAUGCCCUGGACUGGUCUCUGGGUACUCACGGGCUGCGGAUCUCCUUCAUCCACCGUGGCCGUCGCUAUGGCGCCACUUAUCUCCCUGACGUUGCUGUCGAGCAGGGCUGGACCAAAGAAGAGACCGUGGAAAGCUUGAUGCGCAAGGCGGGCUGGGAUGGUGGUGGCAGUACUGCACGGAGACUGCUACGUGGUGCAGCUGGUGGGAACUCCAGCGCCACUAAGCCCUGGGAUCAGGUCUCGGAUUUCCGUACUGUCAGAUACCAGGGUCUCAAGGCAAGCGCCAGUUAUGCGGAAUGGCAGGAAUGGCGAGGGUGGGUUCUCUCUCUGGAUGAUGGGGAGGAAAUCCUGGAAGGCACGGAUUGA